CUUUAAACAUAAGAAAAUAAUACCGGCUGAGAAUUCUGAACUUGCUGAUGUAAUUGGACGAUCUGCAUUGACAGAAGCUAACGAACGUGUUGACAAAUUAAUAGGGAGCCCUUCAAAUACUCAAAAUUCACCAAAAACACCUGGAUCUGCAAAACGAGGGAACUAUUUAACUUUUUCACCAAAGGAUCGUGCCGAUAUUGGUAAAUACUGCGCACAAAAUGGACCAGCCGCAACCGUUAGAAAAUUUUCAGGAGCGUUUCCCAAUUUAGCUGAAAGUACUGUUCGCGGAAUGAAAAGAAAAUACGACGAACAUUUAAAUACAAAAACAGGAAAUUGAAUUUUGAAGGGGAUGUAGAUGAAAUCCAUUCAAAAAAACGUGGCAGACCUCUCCUUGUUGGGAAGGAACUAUACUCAAAAGUGCAAAAAUAUAUAAAUGUGUUGCGUGACAAUGGGGCUGUGAUUAACACCCAAAUUGUUAUCGCAGCCGCAAAGGGAAUAAUCAUAGGAACUGAUAAAACUUUAUUAGUCGAAAACGAAGGUUCCAUAGAAAUAACUAAAAACUGGGGAAAAUCUUUGCUGCAUAGGAUGAACUUUGUAAAACGUAGAGGUUCAACUGCUUGUAAAAGCAAUAAAGUUGAAAAUUUCGAUGAACUUAAAAAAGAAUAUCUCGAACGUAUUGAAAAAACCGUUGUUGACUUUGACAUCCCAUCAAAUCUUGUUAUAAACUGGGAUCAUGCUGGUUUAAAUGUAGUUCCUGUAACAAAUUGGACAAUGGCUGUGGAAGGUUCUAAAAGGGUAGAAAUUAGUGGUUUGGGAAAUAAACGACAAAUAACAGGAGUCUUUGCUGGCAGUCUCUCAGGAGAAUUUCUUCCUCCUCAGAUAAUCUAUGGCGGAAAAACUGACAAAUGUCACCCUACUUAUAAAUUUCCGUCUGACUGGGAUAUUACGCAUUCGGAGAACCAUUGGGCAAAUACUGAUACACAAAUGGAGGAUGUUAAAAACAUAAUUUUACCGUACAUUAGAAAAAUCAAACGUUCCGCAAAACUUAAUAAAGACCAAAAAGCACUAUGCAUAUUUGAUGUCUUUAGAGCUCAGAUGGGAGAAGAUUUUCUAGCUUUCUUGGACGAAAAAAACAUUAAAGUCGUGUUUCUCCCACCAUGUUGCACAGACAGAUUACAACCGCUAGAUGUUAGUGUACAAAAAGCAGUAAAAAAUAAAAUGCGUAACUUUUUUGAACAAUGGUAUUCUAAUGAAAUCGUUACACAGUUGGAUGGAAAAGAAAUUGUUGAUUCCGAAAAUGAACCUAUUGUGCCGGUUGAUUUGUCUCUAACUAGACUUAAACCAUUUUCAGGAAAAUGGUUAGUACAGAUGUUCCAACACAUACAAAAACAAUCCGGAUAUUGUCCGUAGUGGAUUCCGUGAAACAGGUAUUAGUGGCGCCUUGGAUGAUUAUCUUGAAGACGAACUUCCGCUAUCAAAAAUGUCACGAGACAAGUAAAUCAAAGAUAUAUCUGUAAAUAUUGGACUAUUCAAGACAUGUGUUUUAACUAAAAUAUUGUUUUCAAUUACCAAAUGUUUUUAUUUUUACUAUUAAAAUCAUCAUUUCUUUUAAUUUCUUGUAUUUAUACAGAACUACAACACAGAUGUUUCAAAUGUUUUCUUCCUGUCAAUUUGUACAAUUUUUUUUUAACUGCAAUGAUUUUAGGUACCGCCAACAUAUUUGAUUGGGAAUUAUAAAUCCGCCAAAAUAAAAACCGCCAAAAUUUUUCGUAUACCUUGUUGCCCCUCAAUCGCGAAAA